AUGCAGAUCUCAAGAAUUAUCGCCGUUGUUUUGUUCAUGGGGAGCACAACCCUAGCUGCCCCCGUCGCAGAGCCAAAUCCAAAUCCAGCCGUUUACAACCCAUGGGAACACAUCCGCGCUGGUACAAAGCCCGUAGCUAGCAGCAGAAAGAGACAAAUCAACUACCCAAAGGGCACUAAUUUAUUACCUGAUAUUAUGCGUCCUACGGCAGGACAGGAACGCGAAGAUCGUAGAAGGGUUAAAAGAGAAGAUCCUCCUGCUGUUGCUCCUGUUCCUGCUCCCGUAGCCGCUCCACCGGUUGCGGCACCUGCAGAACCCGUGGCGGAAGAAGUCUCUGCCAAAAAGACUGCCUCGAGUUUCAAGGCUGCUGCGAAGACAGCACCACCCGGGGCGAAGGGAAUUAAGCCUAGUGCGUUGAAAUUGGGGGGUGUGGCGAAGCCAGAUCUACCUGGGAGGUUUAGAAGGAGGAAUGGAGAAGAGAAGAGGGACAGGAGAUUCAACCCGGAAAGCUUUCCAUCGAGAAAAAGUAUCAAGGCUGCCCCAAGCAGGGUUUAG